AUGUCUCCCUAUAGGCUAGUAUUUGGUAAGCCUUGCCAUCUUCCAGUGGAGUUCGAGCACAAGGCUUUUUGGGCGAUAAAGCAAUGCAACAUGAACCUAGAAGAGGCCGGUGCCCGACGGAAAUUGGAUUUACAGGAGUUGGAGGAGAUUCGCAAUGAGACCUAUGAGAAUGCGGUAAUUUAUAAGGAGAAAAAUAAUAUUUUUCAUGACCAACAGAUCUCGAGGAGGACAUUCGAGUGUGGGCAAAAAGUUCUCCUGUACCACUCCAAAUUGAAGUUAUUUCCGGUAGAGAUCCAAAGUUUGAAGACUGAGAAGAAAUUUGUAGUGAAUGGUCAUCGCCUCAAGCCGUAUUAUGAAGGGGUUCCAAUUGAACGGGUGGAGAUGAUGCACUUGGAGAACCCUACUUGCUUAGUUUAA